AUGUCCGGAAGUCAUGCAAUAGGGAUUGACCUGGGGACAACCUACUCGUGCGUUGCGGUUUGGCAGCACCAACAUGUUGAAAUCAUAGUGAACGAUCAGGGAAAUAGGACUACUCCAUCUCAUGUUGCUUUCACCGAUACUGAGAAAUUGAUCGGCGAUGCAGCUUUUAACCAGAUCAUCAGAAAUCCCACCAACUCUAUAUUCGAUGCAAAGCGCUUGAUUGGUAGGAAAUUCAGUGAUACCUCUGUUCAAAAUGAUAUGAAGCUCUGGCCAUUCAAGGUCAUUGAAGGGGCCAACGACAAGCCAAUGAUCUUAGUCACAUACCAGGGCGAAGAAAAACAAUUUGCUGCUGAAGACAUCUCAUCUAUGGUUCUUACAAAGAUGCGGGAGAUAGCUGAAAAGUAUCUGGACUCAACUGUGGAAAAUGUAGUUAUAACUGUCCCCGCUUACUUCAAUAACUCCCAGCGUGAGGCUACCAAAAACGCUGGAGUCAAUGCAGGUCUGAAGGUGAUGCGCAUCAUCAAUGAACCGACAGCUGCAGCCAUAGCUUAUGGCCUUGAAAAGCAGGCUGGUUGGUAUGGCAAGAGAAAUGUAAUGAUAUUCGAUUUGGGUGGUGGAACAUUAGAUGUAUCGCUACUUACCAUAGGGGAUGGUGUCUUUGAAGUGAAGGCCACUGCUGGAGACACUCAUCUUGGAGGCGAAGACAUUGAUAACAAUCUGGUGAACUUUUGUGUUGAGAGAUUCAAGACCAGGCAUGAUUUUGAUGUCAGUAAAAACCCCAAAGCUUUAAGGAGGUUAAGAAAUGUGUGUGAGAAGGCAAAAAGGAGACUUUCAUUUGCGUCCACAGUUGACGUUGAAAUUGACUGUUUCGAUCAAGGUAUUGAUUUCUUUACAACAAUUACUCGUGCCAAAUUUGAACAACUGAACAUGUAUCUCUUCAACAAAUGUAUGGAGCCAGUGGAGAAGUGUUUGAGGGAUGCUGAUAUAGAGAUAAGUAAUGUUCAUGACGUUGUUCUUGCUGGUGGCUCUUCUAGAAUUCCGAAGGUGCAGGAACUAUUACAGAAUGUUUUCAAGGGAAAGAAGCUCUGCCAGAGUAUCAAUCCGGAUGAAGCGAUUGCAUAUGGAGCUGCCGUUCAUGCUGCAGUUCUGAGUGGGAAAGAAGAUGUUAAACUUCAAGGCUUCACUCUCUUGGAUGCUACCCCUGUCUCACUUGGAGUGGAGGUUGGUGCAGGCAAUUCCAUGCAAAUUGUGAUUCCAAGAAACACCAAAAUUCCUGUAGUUAAGAACUGGCCUUUGACUACUUUAUAUGACAACCAAGUUGAUGUCAGAUUUCUCAUUUAUGAGGGUGAGAGUGAUACCACAUUAGAUAAUAACUUAUUGGGUAAAUUUCAUCUCCGCGGUAUUCCUCCAGCUCCUAAGGGUGUUCCUGACUUCAAUAUCUGCUUUAAUAUCGAUGCCAACAGUAUCUUGAGUGUUUCCGCUGAGGACAAGUCUACUGGUCAGAAGAACGGGGUCACAAUCAAUAGCAACAGAACAACGUUUGUGGGAAUUGAGAGGAUGAACUAAAGAGAUAAUUCUUUUGCCUUUUGAUUUGAUCUUCAUUCUUCAACAUGGCCAUUUACUUUCAUAUUGGAACUCUUAAGCCUCUAUUUUGAGACAGUUAUGCUGUUCGAUGAAAUUUGGGUAGCUGAAGGGCAGGGCUUUGCUUGUUUGAUUAUUUUUGAUCUCAUACAUGCCAUGCAGGCUGCAGCUAUUCAUCCCUAUUUGAACAUUGAUAUUAAACUACUACUUUCGAGCUUCCUCAUCUUGCACCCCGAGUGUUUAUAUAAGUUGAAUGUCUGGUUUGAAUUUGUUCACAAAUUCUCAAUUACGAAUGCGAUCACAACCAACAGUUACAGGGCAACUGCUAAGGCUGAAACAUGAUAAUUUUGGUGUUAUAAUCAUAACGUAAGUGAGAUGUUCUUCAACUAGCUGUUGCUGUUGCUGUU